GGAGACGCAGAGAUGCAGAUCUUUGUGAAGACCUUGAAGGGCAAGACCAUCACUCUUGAGGUGGAGCCCAGUGACACCAUGGAGAAUGUCAAAGCCAAAAUCCAAGCCAAGGAGGGCAUUCCUCCUGACCAGCAGCGUCUGAUUUUUGAGGGCAAAGAGCUAGAGGAUGGCCGUAUUCUCUCAGAUUACAACAUCCAGAAAGAGUCCACCCUGCACCCAGUGCUACAUCUCCGCGGUGGCGUCACUGAGUUUUCCCUGCGUCAGCUUGCCCAGAAGUACAAAUGCGACAAGAUGAUCUGCCGCAAGUGUGAUGCUCGCUUGCACUCCUGUGCUGUCAACUGCCGCAAGGAGAAGUGUGACCAUACCAACAAUCUGCGUCCCAAGAAGAAGGUCAAAUAA